AUGGACAACUCAAUCGAUCCGGUGAUCCUCGCCGACGACAGACCCUGGAUGAUUAGAGAAUUGCAAUCAACGCUCCCGGACGACAGUUUCAGUAUUUCGGAGACAAGUUGUCCGUAUCCUGGAACCCCCGUUGUUCUGUGCGAGGUAUCUAUUCAUGAACCAGAUCUCGACGCACAGCCCAAAUGGCAAGAUAGCAGACCUCGAUCGCUUAGCCCCCACAGCCAGGGCCCUGCGCAAAAGUCUACCUUCUUUGACAACACUGAGGCCGACGUCCUUUUGUGUAUUAGCCGCCCGGAAGCUUUCACCUGUGUCCUAUGUCCGGUCCAAAGAAUAAAUACGUCGUUCCCAGCGCUUCGUACUCACUUUCUGUCCGUAUCAACCAAUGAACGUCUGGAGUUCCUCUCUUGGCUGUUUGAUGGUGCAUUACCACGCUGCCUUGUCGACUUGGACCCGAAAAUGUUGAAGGACCAAGAUCAGAUGCCAGCAUGUGAUAUGGAUCAUCUAUCCAAUUUCCAUAGGCACUGUGGGGCAUCCAGGAAAGGCAAGCCGUGGUCCUCCGAAGAGGAGAGCCUCCUGCUGAAGUUGAGAAGGUAUGAGAAGCGACCUUGGUCAGAAGUGGCAAGAUUAUAG